UAUUACCAAAAGUGAUAUUUAUCACAUAAUGUUUUGGAUUGUACCUAUUACCAAAAGUGAUAUUUAUCACACAAUGUUUUGGAUUGUACCUAUUACCAAAAGUGAUAUUUACCACACAGUGUUUCGGAUUGUACCUAUUUUCAAAAGUGAUAUUUACCACACAGUGUUUUGGAUUGUACCUAGUUCCAAAAGUGAUAUUUAUCACACAGUGUUUCGGAUUGUACCUAUUACCAAAAGUGAUAUUUAUCACACAGUGUUUCGGAUUGUACCUAUUACCAAAAGUGAUAUUUAUCACACAAUGUUUUGAUUGUACCUAGUACCAAAAGUGAUAUUUAUCACACAGUGUUUCGGAUUGUACCUAUUACCAAAAGUGAUAUUUA